AUGGCGGCUCGGACUGACAGACAAUUGAAAGAAGAACUAGACAUCGAAAUGGUGGACUCGGUGUUUUGGACGGACAGCAUGGCAGUUCUUCAAUACAUACGAAACACUGAGAGACUCUUCCACACCUUCGUAGCCAACAGAGUGGCUACCAUAAGUGAAUACUCAAACAUCUGUCAAUGGCGCCACGUUAGGUCGACACUCAAUCCAGCAGAUGAUGCUAGCCGUGGAAUACUGGGAAGUGAACUGCAUGAUGAGUGUCGAUGGAUCCAAGGCCCCACAUUCCUCGCCUUGAAGGAAGAAGAUUGGCCACAGAUAACACUAACAAUCCCAGAUAUUACGGCUGAUGGCCCGGAAGUGAAGAAAACUUCCAUAUGUUUGGCAACUACAGCAGCAGGAAGGGAUAGUGACAUCAUAAAGACAUUGUGGGCGCAGUACUCAUCAUGGUAUCAGUUACAGAAAACCGUUGCAUGGCUCAGACGAUUCAUACAGUGGUGCGUAGCAAGAUCCAACAAGACUGCAUGUGACAAAGGCCAGUUGUCAGUAGGAGAAAUGGAAAAGGCUCGUCUGGCAAUUCUACGGGCUACACAACUAAGACGCUUUCCUCAAGAGGUGAGCAUGUUGAAAAGGGGGCGACAAAUUACUACUGGCCCUUUGUAUAGACUGGAGCCUUAUCUAGAUAACGAAGGACUGUUACGAGUAGGGGGUAGACUAGACUAUGCUAUCCUCCAUCCAGACCACAAGAACCCCAUCUUCCUCCCUACAGACGGAUUUAUCACAGAGCUCAUAAUCAGGAACGUACACUCGAUAAGGUCUGGUCACUCGGGGCGAGAACACACCUUGGCCAUGUUGCGAGAGGACUACUGGAUACCAAAAGGACGCCUUACUAUCGACAAGAUCCUCCACACGUGUGUGAUCUGCCGACGAUGUAAGUGGAAACCGCUAGAGCAGAGGCAAGCAAACCUGCCCGAGGAUCGCCUCAUACCAGGAGAGAGGCCAUUCACUUACACGGGAACAGACUGCUUCGGACCUUUCAUAGUGAAACGAGGCCAGACACGGGCAAAAAGAUGGGGUUGUCUCUUCACAUGCCUGACCUCUCGUGCCAUACACUUGGAAGUUCUCCCAUCACUGGACGCAGACUCAUUCAUCAACACGUUAAGCAGAUUCAGUUCCUGCAGAGGAACCCCAAGACGCCUGAGGUCUGACAAUGGGACGAACCUGGUAGGCGCUCACAGAGAAUUGCGGGAGGCAAAGAACAAUUGGAAUGACAGCAAACGGAUAAGAGAUACAAUCCUACAACGACAGAUAGAAUGGGAGUUCAUCCCACCUGCAGCCCCUCACAUGGGUGGAGUCUGGGAAUGUCAAAUCCGCACUGUAAAGAAGGUGUUCUUGGCGGUGGUUGGUAAUCAGAUACUUGAUGAUGAACGACUUUCCACCUUUUGA